UUUAUGCCGGUCACACUUUUCGCUACCUACCGCAAAAAUGACGCAAAUGCCCGGUCCGCGGCUUUCACAUUUCGACCGUAGAACGAUCCAGAGAGGCUAAGUAAUUAAUUCUAGCUGUGAGCGCACACCUAUCGUUCAUGCCGGGCCCGGGGUACUCUGAUCGCUUCGCUCAUGUUUUUUUUGUGGACCAUUACCGCCAAAUUAGCAACGCAAACAGUAACACAUUUAAUGUCCAACACUACUGAUGUACACCAUAGUCAGCAUCUGACCAGUCAUUGCGGUGUGGUAAGAAUAAACGAGAACAGAUCCGCAAAAUAUCUUCAAUUUCAUCGAAGCUGUGCUUAGGAUCACACGUGUCAUCUUGGUGAUCGGAUAAUCGCUGGGAACAGCUUCUAAGUUGUGUAUAUAUGAUCUCGAGUUGUUUGCGAUGGAUCAUUAACUUGGCUGCGCUCGCAACGUACACAACCAGUCGAAAGUGUUACAUCAUAGAAAAAUGCGAUUCAUUUACCUGUUUGAGUCAUUGAUCGUGGUGGCGUUGUGUUUAGUUAUCGGAGGUGACGCUCUGAUUAUUGCCUCCGGAAGUUGUCCUAAGCGACCCGUCGUUCAGAACUUCAACGUGUCCCGUUACUCUGGGCUGUGGUACGAAAUCAGCCGCUAUGAACAGCCCUUCCAACUGGACGGAGAAUGCGUCACAGCGCUGUAUACGCUGAAUAAAGAUGGAACUGUGCGGGUGUUCAACAGCAUGCUGAUCCCGCCCAGUGAUACUCGUUCAUCCAUAGUGGGGCGGGCCGUAUUUAGUUAUCCACAUAAGGAGACGAUACCGGCAAAGCUACUAGUUACGUUCAACGGUGUGCCGGUGGCUUCCAACUACUGGGUGAUGGAUACAGACUACGAUAAUUUCGCCGUUGUUUGGAGUUGUUUCCAAAUUGGAAGUCUCAUACACACUGAAGGAGCGUGGAUUUUGUCACGGGAACCAGAACUGGACGAUUCUAUAGUGCGUCGUGUCCAGGAGGCAACCGACCGAUACCUGCAAGAAAGUCAUCUCCGGAAAACUAAUCAAGAUUAUGAACUAUGCUGUUCCAGCGUUCCGGAUGUUCAAACCUACCCAGGGUGCUGAAAAAUAAAUUGACUUCAACAGUUGAUUAUUUUAGAGAUUCUGGUAUCUUAUGAUAAGAUGUACAUGUUUGGACACAAAUAGUAUUAUUGAAAGUGCCUUAAAUAGCUGCUAUCUAGAAUUUCCGUCACAUAAAAAAUGAGGUUCAAUAUGCCUAGUGGGGGUCUCCAGUUAGUCUAGUAGUUAAGGCAAUGGAUCGCCAAUCCGAAGACGGCGGGUUCGAUUCCCGAUCCGGUCGGGAGAAUUUUCUCGACUCUCUGGGCAUAGUGUAUCAUUUUCUUGCCACACAAUGUACAAAUUCAUGCAAUGGCAGGCAAAGAAAUCCCUUCAAUUAAUAACUGUGAAAGUGUUCAAAAGAACUAAGUUGAAGCGAGGCAGGAAAAGUCCCAGUGGUGACGUAGAGCCAUAAAGAAGGAGAAGAUGCUUGGCGGAUCUUUAUAUUUAGAGCAAAUCUCAGAAUUGGUCAGAACCUCGCGAUCAAAAGAUCCCAGUUUUUACUAUUAAAUCGGUAAUAUUGAGUGUCAACACCACACAAAACCCAAACCCGUAGAUAGAGGUUAGGGAAGAAUAAAGUGUUAUUUUCUUGGUACAUCCAUUCAAAACUAUAAAACUAUACUCUUCCCCCACCUAGAAGUUCACAUGGACUGACCUAUAAAGCACAUAUUGGAAUGUAUCAGUGGAAGUCUGAGAAUGAUACAGCAUUUUUUGGAGUGGUCAAUUGGUAUAAAAAAUUCAAUGAUGAUAGUUAAAAAAAAACAAUUUGCUUACGUAAUACUUACGAAAAUUGCCACUUGUUGCA